CUCUUUCAUUACACAGCACAGCACAGCACAGCACAGCACAGCACAGCACAGCCUUAACAGAGCCCACUCAUCCAUUUCACUUCGCUUUAAAUUUUAAAACAAAAUGUUCAAGGUCCAGAUCACCAUCCUCGCGGUUCUUUGUGCUGCUACCUUUACCUUGGCCGCCCCUAUUGGCAAAGUAUCCCAUGACACCACCGUUUCUAUCAAGGCCAGCUCAAGUGACGAUGAUGCAUUCCAUGGCCGCGGCACCUGGUUUUCAGACGACUCUGGCAGCUGUGAUAUCGGCUUUGGUCAGGAUGACAUGAUUGUCGCGAUGAACAAAGCACAGAUGGGUGAUCUCCAGGGCCCUGACUCUCAAUGCGGCAAGAUGAUCCGAGUCCAUUACGGUGGCAAAUCCGUUGAUCUCAAGGUGGUCGAUACCUGCCCCAGCCAAUACUGUGACGAGGGUGCUCUCGAUCUUUCUCAAGCAGCCUUCAAAAAGUUAGCAGGUGGUCUCUCCAAGGGUGUCCUUCCUCUCAAAUGGGAGUUCAUUUAAAAAAAAAAGAUUGACCAAGAGAAAUUCUCUUCCACCCAACAUCCUGUCUUUUAAAGAAAAAAAAAAAAACUGCCCCUUCCCUUCCCAUCUCGAUUAUCCCAUCCAAUUCAUAUUUAACAACUGUACCAUAGUGA